UACUAUUUCACAAGCGAAGUGGAACAUAAUGUGGAACCAGCACCCCAUCGUAAUUCAAAGAAAAAAGAUACUAAUCACUAUGUGCGCACAUGGGAGAGCACAAAAACCGCAAUCAAACAAGAAAGUAACUCCGCAAAAUUGCCACGAGAGGCAGUGCAUAACGUUGUAAACAAAAUUGGUGGAGUUCAGUCAUGUGCAGGAUUAGGACAAUUACCACGAGGCAGACAACAAGUCAAGGACUUAAAACGAAAAAAUGACAAGACUGUUCCGGGCAUUGGCUUCAAAAAUAUAUCUGGAAGUGGGAAAACCGACGAUCCAUGGUAUUGUUUGCUUAACGAAUGCAAGACGCAAGCACGCAAUAAAAAUAAUGCCUUUAUUCGAGAUGUCAGGGUUGCAGCUGAACCACUUUGCAUACUUGCAAGUGAAAGACAACUCAAUGACUUACAAAGAUUUUGUUGCAACAUUAACUUGUUUAAGCCUCUGACAGUCGACCCAACGUUUGACUUUGGAGAAUUUAACGUAACGCCCAUAUCGUACGAGAAUUAUUGGCCCAGUUUUGGUACAUGAAAAGAAAACAAAAGAAACAUAUUCCCUUUUCUGUGGAGCUUUGAAAACUUUAAAGCCGGGCUUGGCGAAUCUUCUAGCCUGCGGAAUAAAUGACGAAGAGACUCUUUCCAGCUCAUUUAGUGAAAAUUUUGAGAGAACGACUCAUCUUCUCUGUUCAAACCACUUACGGAAGAACGUGGAAAAUUGGCUAGUGGAAUUAUGUCUCACUGGAAAGAAAAAAGAAAGUAUUGUUGCAGAUAUCUUUGGCCGGCAAAUUGGAGACAUUUACGAACGUGGUUUGUGCGAUGCUGAAAGCCCCGAAAAAUUUCGUAGCCAAAUGGAAUUUAUCAAGGAAAAGUGGACAAAAGUCGAAAAGAAUGGUUUGAUAUUUUACGAAUGGUUUGUAAAAAACAAGGGAAAAAAUUCUUACAUCACCUUAUUGCCCCGGUUCGCCAAAGAGCAGGACUGGGCUGUCCACCAUCGAAAUUUACUACGAACAGAUCGGAACGAACGAAUGGGGUCAUUCAAGAUCAUAGUAAACGACAAUUUGGACAACGUCAAGUGGAUGUGUUUUCCUUUUCUGUCGCAUUAAAAGAAUUAAUAGACAUGCAAAAAAAGGAAAUCGAAUUAUCUGUGGUUGGAAAAGGCGAAUAUAUUAUACGUCCACCCUAUAAAAACCUACAAGUAACACCCACACAAUGGGUUCAAAUGACGCAGAAACAGCAGCAACAGGCUUUGACGAAAAUCCAUACCGCAAGUGUCGAAGAUGUAUCUGUGACUAGCGAAUCUUGUCUGACAACGGCAGUUUCAAAUGAAACCGAUCCAAUUUUGCACAAAUUCCUCGAAGCUGGUGUUGACUGGCUCCCGCGAGACGUACUUACGUUAAAAACAAAAAAAGCUGCCGAGAUUCACGCCGCAGGAACUGUGGUUGCACUUCCCUCAACUGACGCAACUUCCACAGUUGUUGUCCCCUCAAAGACCAAUCCCAAGCAGCCGCAUAUAGUUAACAUGUUUCCAAAUGGAAAAUGUGAGUGCGACAAAAAUUGUCCUGGAUAUACUGCGGAAAGUGUUUGCGCUCAUGUCAUCGCUGCGUGCCUAAAGAUGUCAAGGCUUUCAGAUUUCCUUAGAUGGUUUGUUUCUACCAAGAAAAAAACGGGAGGCGUAAAUUAUAGCAAGGCGGUGUCGUUCGGGAUGCCUAAGGGAAGAGGAAGGAAGGGAGAAGCACCGCCUCGGAAAAGAAAGAAAGAAUCCGUAACAACUGUUUCUGUAGAAAGAAACGCGAAUUCUACAGUAACCACUCCUGGUUUCCCUCAUGUACAGCAGAGUUAUCGGCCAGGGACAAUUGAGACGCCGUUUCGUUUCACACUGUGCCCCCCAUGCCCCCCACCUCAGCUACCUAUUAGUCCACCGUACCCAACUCCAGCGCCAAACACUUUUAUUCUUUAUUUUCUCUAG